AUGAAGGAGCUCUUUAUUCCUCCUGGCGCGGUGAAGGAUAGAGAGAAUUGGGAAAAGUUUCAGAAACAACAACGCUGCUGGAUAAUGUAUCGAAACAGAACUGAUCCAUAUUACAACCCGGAUCAUUAUGAAACGGAACUAAUCAGUAAAUAUGGAGAAAGGCGAUUGUUUGAGCAGUUACCACAGAUGGUGAGAGAUUUUUGGGUGGGUUUCGCUUUUAUUGAGUCUAUCGGACCAUUUUUGUUGAUGUCAGCUGCGUACAGGAUCAUGCUGCUAUUACGUCACAAUGGUGAUUAUCACUAUGAUCUUCCCAUUGAUAUGUUUUUUGGUAAUGGCAUCAUAGACGUUAUUGAAUGUUGUGGAUCUAAUCACUGGCGCAGCCUUCGCCGUCAAGCUGCUGAGACGUUACGCCAAUUUAUUCUUGAUGGAACAAACGCACAAAAUCAGGAAUUGCUUAGACGUGGUGUAAUUCCUACUUUUAUGCAAAUGCUUAAUGAUGAGUGGGCAAUCAACCUUAGUGAUGAGGACUGGUUGAAUGACUUCUUAAUUAUUGAGGCUGUGGAGAAUUUGGCUUUGUUGUCAACUAAAGUAGAUAUCGGAGGUGAGUGUGUUAGAGAAUUUGGUGAGCGAAAUCUAUGUGGAAGGCUGAUGUUGCUUUUCAGGAAUCCUAGACACACCAUAGUUAAAAAUGGGUUGACAUUUGUGGAGAACUUUCUUACUAGAGGAAGUGAAGAUCAAAUACAGGUUCUCCUUGACAACGAAGUUUUGCAACAUCUAAGAUUUGUAAUUGCGGAGCCUGCGGGGGGCAAUUUAGACCUCCUGAGUAGACAACAUAGGGCAGCACUGGCUUUGGGUAAUUUUGCCCGUCGUUCAAUAAGGUGGAGGGACCUUGUUAUUGAUAGUGGUGCAGAUCUAAUCCCAUUAUUUCGAGUUCUACGUUCCAUAGCAGGUGAUGCCAAUGAAUUUGACCCAUCACCGGCAAUGAGUGCUGCCAGGACAAUAGGAUACUUGUGUUUUGGUAGUCCAUCCCCGUCAUUUGCUAAGCUGCGGCCAUCAUUACCGGUCCUCCGGUAUCUCAUUGAUUUGGAACAUCAUAUUGGAGAAGAAGCACGUGCUGCUAUUAGGCAUGCGUGCUUGAUUAUUGCAUGUCUGGCACGUGGUGGAUCUGGUCCUAUAAAUGUGCUGGUUGAUGAACAUUUGUGUCCAAGGCUGGCGAUGCUUUUGACGCAUCAUGACAGUGAGGUAUUUGCAAGUGUGUUGAAAGUUGUGGAGAACUUCUUUAAGAAUGGAACUGAGAAUCAAAUUCAGAGAAUGGUUGAUGAAUCUAUCUUCCCUCCUCUUAUUCAAAUUUCAAUUAACCAAGAGGUGGAUGAUACCAAAUAUGAGGCUACAUACGCCAUCUCAAGUGCGGCCAGGAGAGGAUCUCAUGAUCAGAUUAGAUACUUGGUCGAUCAAGGUUCCAUUCCAGCACUUUCUCUUGGACUUUUGUGUGAAGGUUACACAAGAAGAACUUCUUGCUUCCAGGGGCUCCUAAAGAUUCUGAGGGUCGGAGAUUUUAAUAAAGUCGAUGGUGUCAAUAUCUACAUACAGAUGGUCACUGAAAGUGGCGGACUUGCUAGGAUCAAGAGCCAAAUGGAUGACCCUGAUGUUGGAGAGAUUGCAAGAAGAAUGCUAAGGUCGUACUGGCCUAGGGAGCUCUGA